ACCCCACGGCCUCCGGCCGCUGCGCACGGUCUCCCCCCGCCCUCCCCUUCCGACACCCGCCGUCCGCUCGGGCUGCCACUUCCGCCGUGGCGCGGCGAGUGGGGGCGGAGGCGGCCGGCCCGGCCUGUCGGUUACGGGCGGCGCAGCUGGGGGUCGGCACCUGAGGGAAGGUCCCCAGCACCACCGCCCGCUGUGGAGGAGCCGGGCCCCGGGCUCCGGCCUCGCAGAUCCAGUCCCGGGAGGGUAGAACCCUCCACGUCCCGUCACUCAUUCUCCACAACCACAGUGUCAGACGCUUUGAGCUUUUGUACAGCGUUAUCUGUUGCCAUCUCCUUUGCUCCUGACCCAAGUCUCCGGAUAGGGAAACUGAGAUUUACCAACAGCAUGAAUCAAGAAAAGUUAGCCAAACUUCAAGCUCAGGUCCGGAUAGGGGGCAAGGGUACAGCUCGCAGAAAGAAGAAGGUGGUACAUAGGACAGCUACUGCUGAUGACAAAAAGCUUCAGAGUUCUCUAAAGAAACUGGCUGUGAACAAUAUAGCUGGUAUUGAAGAGGUGAACAUGAUUAAAGAUGAUGGAACAGUUAUUCAUUUCAACAACCCCAAAGUCCAAGCUUCCCUCUCCGCUAACACCUUUGCAAUUACUGGUCAUGCAGAAGCCAAACCAAUCACAGAAAUGCUUCCUGGAAUA